UUGUUGCCGAGACAAAAGGAAUGAAACCAGUGUCACUUACAUUAGGACAAUCUGUCACUCUAAACCCUGGUGUAACUCAAAUACAAGGAUAUGUAAAAAUAGAGUGGAGGUUUGGAAAUGAACGCAUUGCUAGAAUAAAGGAAAUAAAUGGUCUCGUCUCUAUGGAUUACAACAGUGAAUGGAAAUUCAGAGGUAGACUCCACCUCAAUAACUACACUGGAUCUCUCACCAUCACAAACGUAGGGCUUGAACACACUGGAGUUUAUGAACUAAGUAUCACGAUUGGUAAUGAGGAAUCGGUUGAGAUUUUCAGUGUGAAUGUUUACACUCCUCUGCCUGUUCCUACAAUCGUCAGUUACUGUCAUCAAAAUCCUAUAUCAAAAUGUUCAGUGUUGUGUUCAGUGUUGAAUGUGAGUGCUGUGAGUCUCUCCUGGUACAAAGGAAACAGUUUAUUGUCCAGCAUCAGUGUGUCUGAUCUCAGCAUUAGUCUCUCUCUACCUCUAGAGGUGGAAUUUCAAGAUAAAAACACCUACAGCUGUGUGGUCAACAAUCCCACUGACAAUCGUACUCAACAUCUGGACCCUGCUGAUCUUAGUUUGAGUUCAGACUCUGUCCACUGUUAUGAUACUACUAUAGCUGUGAUACGAUUGGUCACCGCUAUUCUGAUGGUUGUGGCUGCAGGAGCUGCUGUUGUUGUUCUGGGUCUGGAUGUGAAAUCCAGAAUAUAGGUACAAAAUAUUGUAUUGAGAGGUCUCUCUCUCUUUUUCUCUCUCACUCUGGAGACAGAGGCGUCUUUUGCAAAGAUUGGAAUGGGCAUGGAACAUGAAAGGCGAGACAGUUGGCAUGCUGUGCCAUGUUAUUGUAAACUAUAUUGCUGAAGUGUUACUUUAGUUGUGUGCUUCCCAUUCUUUUUGUGUAUAGGUGUGUGAUGUUCAGUUGUUAUUUAGCCAUCUUCUUUUUGUUGUUGAGUUUUAAGUUCUGUAAAUAUUGUAAAUACUGAUGGUGUUGAAGCAGCAGGGGUUUCUUUUUGUAAACCUUUACACUUGUUUACUAGCCAGGAAGCUAGAAAAUAUUUAUUUUUAUUUUUUUGUUAAUUUAAAUGUUUCUGUUUUGUUUUAAUUGUAUAGUUUUUA